UUAAUGCAUACUUAAUUAAAUGAUUUGAUGAUCAAGGUUUAAUUGAUGGAGCCAUCCCUAUUUUGAUUCUUCAUGCCCUUGCAACUUUAGAAAUCCUCUCCUGCCCUUCUUCAAUGGCAUCAGCGCCCUCGAAGCUCUACUCAGACGAUGUCAGCCUGGUCGUUGUCCUUCUCGAUGCCAAUCCUUUCUUUUGGGCCGCCGGAGCAGGCGGCGGAAACCACCCCGCCGCAACUCUUCCCUUCUCAAAAUUCCUGGACCAUGUAAUUCCGUUUUUGAAUUCUCUUCUCCUUAUGAAUCAGCUCAACCAAGUGGUUCUCAUCGCCACUGGCAUCAAUACGUGCGGCUACAUCUACGAUUCCGGCAACGGCGGCCCCGAGGGAAGCGACAAUGUGUCGGAGAUCUCAUCGGAGAUAUUACUGAGGUUGGAGGAGUUUGUCUGCAAAGACAGAAAGAUUGGGAAAGGCACUGAGAGGGCUAUGGGUGGCAGCGUGUCUUCCCUCCUCUCCGGGUCUCUUUCACUCGCUCUUUGCUACGUACAGAAGGUUUUUAGGUCUGGCGCAAUUCAUCCCCAGCCCAGAGCAUCUCCAGAUGGACCCGAGCAAUAUGUUGCAGUAAUGAAUGCAAUAUUCUCAGCACAACGUUCCAUGGUGCCUAUUGAUUCAUGUGUGGUCGGAGUGCAGCAUUCUGCAUUUCUGCAGCAAGCUUCAUAUAUUACUGGUGGAAUUUAUCUAAAGCCUCCACAACUAGAUGGUCUUUUUCAAUAUCUUGCAGCAGUAUUUGCAACUGACUUGCAAUCACGCAAUUUCCUGCAACUUCCAAAACCUGCUGGCGUGGAUUUUCGUGCCUCAUGCUUUUGUCACAAGAAGACCAUUGACAUGGGAUAUGUUUGCUCAGUCUGCUUGUCAAUAUUCUGUCAACAUCAGAGGAAGUGCUCAACCUGUGGGUCUGAAUUCAAUCAGGCUCCUCGAGAGCCUAACUCAGCUUCAGAUACAAUAAGGAAGGCUUAAGAAUAAGACCAGAAGCCCAAAUUCUUUCUGAUAGAGUAGAUUUUGAAGUUUUGUGGGUUAUAUGGGUUCUGCGUUGCUCUUUUGUUAGGUGGAGUUAUAAGUAACUGAUGCAAGUGAUGAUGCUCUCUGCUUUGUUUAGGUUGUAGUUUAUGAUUUCUUCGUAUUUUGCUGGGGCUGUGAAUAAAGCUAUUUUAUGCUUUUUAUUGAGGUUGAACAUAACUCAAAAUUUAUAAUCUUGUUUUUUUUUUUUUAUAAAAAUUUAUUAUUGAAAUUGAAUUAUGAUCUAA